AUGAAUCCUCGUUUUCGAAACCAAAUGUGUUUCUAUUCUAUUACUAAAACACGACAAACCUCAACAACACUUUCAUCACUCUUCAACCUUUUCACUGUUUCUCCAUCCUCCUAUCACUCAUUACCCACCCAACAAUUCGAUUCCUAUUCUCCGUCACAUACCAGCUACGGUUAUGCUUCAAAACUCCAAUCUUGUAUCGAUUCCAAGGCGUUAAACCCAGGGAAACAGCUCCAUGCUCAAUUGUGUCAUCUGGGUAUUGCUUACGAUGAACACUUGGCCACUAAACUUGUCCAUCUUUACGCGGUUUCGAAUUCUCUUCCAAAUGCACAUAACCUGUUCGACAAUAUUGCCAAACGAAAUUUGUUUCUGUGGAACGUUUUGAUUCGGGGUUAUGCCUGGAAUGGACCCCAUGACACUGCCAUUUUGUUAUACCAUGAGAUGCUUGAUUAUGGGCUCAAGCCUGAUAAUUUUACUUUACCGUUUGUUCUUAAAGCUUGCUCAGCACUUUCUGCAAUUGGAGAGGGAAGGAACAUCCAUGAGUAUGUGAUAAAAAAUGGGUGGGAGAGAGAUGUUUUUGUAGGUGCAGCUCUUAUUGACAUGUAUGCCAAAUGUGGUUGUGUAAUGGAUGCCUAUCACGUGUUUAUUAACAUUGUUGAGAGAGAUGCUGUGUUGUGGAACUCUAUGCUUGCAACUUAUGCUCAAAAUGGAUACCCCGAUGAAUCACUUUCUCUUUGUCGUGAGAUGGCGGCAGUGGGUGUGAAACCUACUGAGGCAACUCUUGUGACUGUCAUUUCGUCUUCGGCUGACAUUGCAUGUCUCCCUUAUGGGAGGGAAAUCCAUGGAUUUGGUUGGAGACGUGGAUUUCAAUCCAAUGAUAAGGUUAAAACCGCUUUGAUUGAUAUGUAUGCAAAAUGUGGUUCUGUGAAGGUUGCGUGUGCUUUGUUUGAGCGGCUUUGGGAGAGAAGGGUUGUUUCCUGGAAUGCAAUUAUUACUGGUUAUGCAAUGCACGGUCUUGCUGUUGAAGCUUUGAGCUUGUUUGAAAAAAUGAGGAAGGAGGCUCGUCCAGAUCAUAUAACCUUUGUUGGUGUUCUGGCAGCUUGCAGUCGAGGGCGUUUGUUGGAUGAAGGACGGGCCUUGUACAACUUGAUGGUGAGGGAUUAUGGUAUCAAUCCUACAGUUCAACAUUACACAUGCAUGGUUGAUCUUCUUGGUCACUGUGGUCAACUAGAUGAGGCGUAUGAUCUUAUAAGACUUAUGAGUGUUAAGCCGGAUUCUGGUGUAUGGGGUGCUUUGCUGAAUUCAUGCAAAAUCCACGGGAAUGUGGAGUUGGCUGAGUUAGCUUUAGAGAAACUAAUUGAGCUUGAGCCAGAUGAUUCCGGCAAUUAUGUGAUUUUGGCUAAUAUGUAUGCUCAAUCAGGCAAGUGGGAAGGAGUGGAAAAAUUGAGACAGUUAAUGAUAGACAAAGGAAUAAAGAAAAACAUUGCUUGUAGUUGGAUUGAAGUAAAGAACAAAGUGUAUGCAUUUCUUGCAGGAGAUGUUUCACACUCAAAUUCUGAAGCAAUAUAUGCAGAGUUGAAAAGGUUAGAAGGACUAAUGCAUGAAGCUGGAUAUGCCCCUGAUACAGGAUCUGUUUUCCAUGAUGUGGAGGAAGAUGAAAAAACAACUAUGGUGUGCAGUCACAGUGAAAGACUAGCUAUUGCAUUUGGACUCAUAAGUACGUCACCAGGAACCCGGCUUUUGAUAACAAAGAAUCUCCGAAUUUGUGAGGACUGUCACGUCGCUAUUAAGUUCAUCUCAAAGAUUACAGAGAGGGAAAUUACUGUAAGAGAUGUUAAUCGCUAUCAUCAUUUUAAACAUGGCAUGUGUUCUUGUGGUGAUCACUGGUGA